AGCCGUAAGGUACUCUAUACUGGAGGUGAGAAACACAUCUGUCUUGGAGAGAUAUGAGCACAUCAGUGGCAUCACAUAUGAGAUGUUGCUGUCCUUCAUCCAGGAGUUUUAUUCCAAUUUGUUUGUGGAAGGUUUCGUCACAGGCAAUCUAAGACCUGAGCCACGUCUGAUGCAGCUGGCCAUUGGAGACUACAAGUGCUUCCUGUCAGCCAUCAACCGAGAGGACAUCAAUUCCUGUGUGGUACAGUACUUCCAGCAAGGUCUCGGCACUAUUUAUAACUGCUGCCUCAACGACUUGCUAGCGGUUGCUAUGAAUGAACCAUUAUUUAGAAUACUGCGAUCGGAGUACCAGCUGGGCUACAGUGUUUCCUGCCAGUCAGUGGCCACCGAUGGAGUCCUAGGCUUCUUGAUUGCUGUGGAAAGUCAAGCAGAUAAGUUUAGCAUGCAACAGAUUGAUGAAAUCAUGGAAACAUUUCUGCAGAAUUUCUUGGUUAUCCUGGAAGAAACCCCAUCUUCAAAAUUUGCUGAUAUGGUGAACAUUCAAGCUCAGAUCCGAGCUGCAGACGAUGCAGACUUGAAUGAUGAGUCCCACCGUUUCUGGCAGGAAAUUGUCAAGCAGAACUAUGUGUUCAAUCGUUUAAGUAUGGAG